AUGUGGCAGAGAUUUAAGCAGUUCUUUCUCUUCGUAGUAUUCGGUUGUUUUGCUCUUAAUAUUCAGCUUCUAGUUCAUGCUCAGGAUGAUCAAUCAGGCUUCAUUAGCAUCGACUGUGGCCUACCAGAAAAUUCAAGCUACACUGAACAGACAACAGGCAUUCAUUACAUCUCAGACGCGGGAUUCAUAGACACCGGUGAAAGUAAAUUGGUAUUGCAUGACAACAGAGAGAGCUAUCAACAACCUUACUUAUCUUUUAGGAGUUUUCCCAACGGAACCAGAAACUGCUACAAGAUAAGUGUGGCAAAGGGCACCAAAUAUUUGAUCAGAGCAAGUUUCUACUAUGGGAAUUAUGAUGGUCAAAAUGAAAUACCAGAAUUCGACCUACAUCUUGGGCCUAAUUACUGGGAUACAGUGAGGUUGAAGGAUGCGGACACUACAACACACAAGGAGCUUAUACAUCACACACUACGGCGGAACUACAUACAUGUUUGUCUGGUGGAGUCAAACAAAGGUAUUCCAUUUAUAUCAGCAAUAGAGCUAAGGCCUUUACCUAACGAAACUUAUGAAGUGAAGGACUACUCCUUGGCACUAAUCUGGCGAUAUGACACUGGUCAAAAUUCUAAACAGUACAGGUAUCCAAGUGAUGUUCAUGAUCGUAUAUGGUAUCCAUUUGACCGUGAUGAUUGGGUACAAAUAAAUACCUCGUUAACUAGCACCACCGACGACAAUAGCUACCAAGUUCCAUCUGUUGUCAUGUGUAGUGCUGCAACACCCGAAAAUCCAGAUGAUUCCAUGAAUAUUUUCUGGCUACCUUCUGAUAACAAUGCACAGUAUCAAAUUUAUAUGCACUUUGCAGAAGUAGAAAAGCUCCAAGCAAAUGAGUCUAGACAACUCAAUAUUACUUUCUAUGGAAACCUCUAUUAUGGACCAUUUUCUCCUGAUUACAUGUCGGCCAUAACUAUUUAUAGCGUACGGGCUUGGAGUCCAACAGGAGAAUAUAUAAAGUUUUCAAUCUUGAAGGAUUUGAACUCUACCCUUCCACCUAUCCUCAAUGCUUAUGAAAUUUAUAUGGUCAAGCCGGCUUCCCAAUCAGAGACAAACCAAGACGACGUUGAUGCUAUCACAAAAAUCAAGUCGGCUUAUAAGAUUACAAGAAACUGGCAAGGGGAUCCAUGUUCCCCUCAAAACUACUCUUGGGAAGGCUUGAAGUGUAGCUAUGCUGGAAACAUCACGAGAAUAAUAUCCUUGGACUUGUCCUCUAGUGGACUGACAGGGGAGAUAUCUCUUUUUAUAUCCAAUCUCACGAUGAUAAAAACUUUAGAUUUAUCGAACAACAACCUAAGAGGAUCAAUUCCAGAGUUUUUGUCUCAGUUGCCAGAAUUGAAAGUUCUAAACUUGGAAAAGAACAACUUCACAGGUUUAGUUCCAUCAAGACUCAUUGAGAGAAGGAACAACGGUUCACUGCAGCUAAGUUUGUGUGAUAAUCAUCUAUCCAUACAAGUUUCAUGCAAGAAGAAGAAGCACAAUAUUUUUCUUGUCGUAGUGCCAAUUCUCGUAAUUGUCAUCCUCUUAUUGACAAUAGGAGCUGUCUUAUUGGGCCUUAAAAAGAAACAAAACCUGCAAUUCGAAUCGUUUUGGUGUGCAGAUACCCAGAAUUCCAUCCAAAGCUGGUCGUUGGAGCCAGAGGGUCAACGCUUUACAUACUCAGAACUUGUGAAGAUUACUAAUAAUUUUGCAUCAAUCAUUGGGAAAGGCGGAUUCGGAAGAGUCUACCAUGGCACUCUGAAGAAUCAUAUUCAAGUCGCUGUGAAGUUACUGACUUCUUCAUCAAGGCAAGGCUCGAAAGAAUUCCAAAAUGAGGUCAAAUUAUUGAUGACGGCUCAUCAUCGAAACUUGGUUUCUCUCAUUGGUUACUGCGACGAAGGUGACACUAUGGCACUUGUUUUUGAGUAUGUAGCCAACGGAAAUCUGCAGCAACAUUUAUCAGAUCUGACGUUAAACGUUUUGACUUGGAAGGAACGACUUCAAAUCGCCGUGGAUGCAGCACGAGGGUUGGAUUAUCUACAUAAUGGUUGCAAGCCACCUAUAGUCCAUAGAGAUCUGAAGGCUUCCAAUAUCUUGUUAAAUGAAAAGUUGCAAGCCAAGAUAGCUGAUUUUGGUCUUUCUAAAGUUCUUGCAACUGAAAGUGCCACUCAUAUAUCAACUGAUGCCAAAGGAACAUUCGGGUACCUUGAUGCUGAAUACUGCAAUACAGGACAGCUCAACAAAAAGAAUGAUGUAUACAGCUUUGGGAUUGUGUUGCUGGAGCUAAUAACUGGCAGAGCAGCCAUAAUAAGAGAUGUAGAACCGUUUCCUAUUCACAUAUGUCAAUGGGUGACUCCUAUAUUUGAGAAUAUGGAAAUUGAAAAGAUAGUUGAUUCAAGAAUACGGGGUACCUACAACCAUUUUUCUGCUAGGAAAGCUAUAGAAAUUGCCAUGGCAUGUGUGCCUUCAUCAGCAAUCCAAAGGCCAGAAAUAAGCUCUGUGUAUGUUCAAUUGAAGGAAUGCUUGGAAAUUGAGAUGACCUCUGAACAAGUAACAACAGUUACAGAGGUUCAUGAGAGCGAUGAUGAUACGAAUUCAAGUAGUUCAGCUCUUGUAACUUGACAUGUGGAGUCCGAAACAUAAAGUACUGCCUUUUAUUUUAC